AAGAAAGUUUUUGAUUUAUAUAGACGCCAAUACUCCAAGGAUGGACAACAUGCAUGAAGGUAACAACUUUGUGAUCGUUAAAGAGUGUGAGCUACCAGCAAUGAUGGACGAAUUGGAAAAAUAUUUUCCACAUUCCCUAAAGUUUCAUCAAACCAUUAAAACGUACCUGAAUAAUAGAGUAUGGCGAUUUCAAUUUUAUAAAGCAAAGAGGUGGCCAGUAGAUCCAGUUUGUUUGCAUUUCCCAGGCUGCACAUAUACGCCGGAAAACCGAACAAAUGAAAGUGUAGGUAUUUUUUGUCCACCAGACCUGUUAGAGCGCAUGGAACUGAUUAAAGAUGAGGACAUUCUUUUCGAAUGGCAUAGUCCACUCUACAUGAAUUUUACUCAUGUAGGUAUUAUGCACAAGAUGGAAGAAAUAUUUCAGGAAAAAGUUAAUGGCAAACUCGAUGGUCAUAUCUAUGGUGAUAUUUACGUGCAUGAAUGUCCAUCUGAAUUAAAUUUAAUGUUGGAGCCAUUAGCAGGAAAUGAAGUCAUUAUGAAACCUCUAUGCAUCAACGACGUGAAGGAUAUUCACGAUUUAUACCCGGCAAGUGAUAUCGAAAGCCUGGAGUUGUUUGAAAAAUUAGUUCAACAGCUUCCUGGCUUCGGCGUCUUUAAUCAAUCAGACAAUGAAUUAGCCGCGUGGAGCUUGCAAUCCUAUUACGGCGGUAUGUUUUCAAUGCAAACAAAACCAAAGUUCCGGAGAAAAGGCUAUGGCAUUCAAGUUGCACAAUCUUUGACAAAAUUGGUGAUUCAACGAGGAUAUACACCAUUUGUUGUAAUAAGGCCUGAAAACGAUGCUUCCCGUGGGCUUUAUACAAAGCUGGGCUUUCGGAAAGCAUUUGAAAGUGUUCGCGGUACCUUUUUACCAUAUACUGAGAAAUGUGAUUCAUCGGUAGAAUUACAGCUAGUUGAGGAGAAUGAAUCCACUCAGAAUAUAUCGCCGCAAGAAAAUCACACAAUUGAGAGAACUGGAGGAACAAACGGUAUCGCUUCUGAAAAAGAAAAGGAAAAUUGCUGAAUUUAAUGCUAUUUCAACCCAACUUAAUGGAAGAGCGAUAUUUACAGACAUUGUUGUUUGAGAGUACUAUGCGGAUUUUUAACAUAAAAAUGUUUGCCAGUAGGCUAACAUUUGAUAAAAUAACGUUUGUAAUCUGCAAGGAGCAGCAACAGUAACAGCAGCAGCAUCUAUAAGCCGGCGGGACAGCAGCAGCAGCCGGUGCAGCGGCCGUAACAAUAGUAGCGAUUCCAGCGGCAGAAGCAAUAGCGGUAGCAGCAACAGCAACUGUAACAGCAAAGGCAGCGCUAGCAGCAGCAGCAGUAAUAGCAGCAGCAGCAGCAGCAGCAGCAGCAGCAGCAGCAGCAGCAGCAGCAACAACAGAAGCAACGCAGCGGUAUCAACAUUAACCACGACCGUAAUUGCAGCAGCAAAAGUAGUAGCAGGUGUAAUAGCAGCAACAACGUUACGAGCAAAUUCCAUUCCUCGCAUUUGCUGGAAUUUAGUGUGCACCCGCAAAAGCCUACGCAACCACAAGUAAAAAAUAGAUAGAUUUCUUAUAUAAAUUUCAAACCAAUAAAUAAGU